AUGGCUACUCCACGUCACUACUAUCAACCCUCCGCCCACGCCAUUAACAUGCCUUCCAAGGCUCCGGCGCCCGCGAGCUUGUAUCCCAUCUCUCGGGUUCCAGGCUCGCCACCCGAUUACUCUGAUGCGAGCACCACGGCCGGCAGCCGCACCUCUGGUGGGCUCACUUUCAGCUCUGCUGGCGCCAGCGGCGACUAUGAAAGCUCGGCAUCGUAUUCAGGUGUCGACGUUGUCGAUGUUCUGAGUGACCGCAUGCAAGACGCAUUCGACCCGACGCCUUUGGACAAGGGACUGGCAAAACAGGCGCAAACAUCUGGCCAGCUGAACGCGAAGCAGCAAGAGCUGCUUGAGCUUCAAGCUCUUGCUCAGCGACGUUUGAAGGGUGUUCGCGCCAAUUUCAACGAAGGACUGAAAACCGCACGCGAAACAAAGCGAGAUCUGGAAUGGACCCAGAAGCGUGUCAGCGCCCUCAAGGGCAAGGCCGAGAAGGCCCACCCGGACGAGUACCGUCGGGCAUCGAAGAAGUACACAUUCGACGACUACUGA